GGAAGGUCGCCACAACUAUGACAGGGCGUUUAUUCAACAGGUCCAUAGCUACCUUUCAACUACCACCCUUCCCCAGAAAUCCUGACUUAUUUGUAUAUUCAUUUUCGAAUUUUCUGUUUAACACACCCAUUAAGGUUAACUCUUCAGAUCAUGUCAGGCCAUUUUCGAGCUCUCCAGGAGCAGGGAUCCCAGCAGCAGGGAUCCCAGUGUUUCCCUAAUUACCCCCAAUUCUCGGGGUUUAUGAAGCCCUGUCGCUUUGAGGGCGAAGUGCAGAAUCUAGAGGUUCAGGGCUCAAUCCCACCAGAGAUCGAUGGCACAUUCUAUCGCGUGAUGCCAGAUCCCCAGUUCGUUCCGUUCAUUGAAAAUGAUCCUUGGUUUAAUGGCGAUGGCAAUGUCAGCGCUUUUCGGAUUCAGUGUGGAAAAAUCAAUUUUAAGCAAAAGUACGUCAGGACAGAAAAGUUUCUCAGGGAGAGGAAGGCACAGCGCGCAUUACUGGGAAAGUAUCGAAACAAAUACACCGAUGCCGUAGAAUUCAAGGUCCGCAGCACUGCAAAUACAAAUGUUGUCUAUUUCAAUGGGGUACUGCUAGCCUGCAAAGAAGAUUCGCCUCCAUAUGCCAUGGAUCCCGUAACACUUGAGACGAUUGGAUUAUGGGACUUUAACGGACAGCUGCCAUCGCUAACCUUUACAGCUCACCCAAAGGUUGAUCCCGUUACAAAAGAACUGAUCUGCUUUGGUUAUGAGGCAAAGGGGGACGGCACGCCAGAUAUUUGUUAUUAUUCGAUCGCGCCUGAUGGAACUUUCAAGGAGACUGUUUGGCUGGUUUCGCCAGUCGUGGCUAUGAUUCACGAUUUCGCCGUAACAGAGAAUUGGGUCAUAUUCCCUAUAAUCCCUCAGACCUGCGAUAGUGAACGGUUGAAGCAAGGGGGCGAGCACUGGCAGUGGAAUCCAAAGAUCCCAUUCUAUAUCGGUGUAUUGCCCCGGCGCGGAGCGAAAGGCUCUGACGUCAAGUGGUUCCGCGCGCCCAAUUCGUUCCCAGGCCAUACCUCCAACGCCUAUGAGACAGCCGACGGAAAGCUCAUAUUCGACCUCCCCCUGAGCGACAAGAACGUGUUCUUCUGGUGGCCCGACGCCGAGGGCGGUGCACCAAACCCGGAGCAGAUCACCGCGAACCUCACGCGAUUCACGAUCGACCCGCAAUCCACGGACCUUGAUCUCCCCACCCCAGAAGUCCUGCUGCGCGAGGACUCGGAGUUUUACCGGAUCGAUGACCGCUUCUCAAUGAGCAAGCACGCGCACUGCUUCUUCGACGUCAUGGAUUCGAGGCUCGGCACCGAUUUUGCUGCCAUUGCGCCAGUCAUGGGCGGGGGUCAUGCGCCGUACAACGCGUUGGGCCAUCUCAAUGUCGAGACGGGCCGGUAUGAGAAGUACUUUCCUGGGACGAAGCACUUUGUUCAGGAGCCUGUGUUCAUUCCUCGGUCGGACAGCGCGGAGGAGGGAGAUGGAUGGUUGAUGGCGUUGGUGAACAAUUACGGUCUGAUGUCGAGUGAGCUUCACAUCGUUGAUACAAGGGAUUUCUCGAAGGCGCAAGCUAUUGUUUACCUUCCAAUACGACUGCGAGCUGGUCUGCAUGGUAAUUGGGUUGAUACGCGGGAUCUCGGUUUGUCUUCGGAUUAGAAGAUCGAAGUCUAUAGAACUGUAGUUGGUGAAUUGUGUCUGUGAGUGUAGCUGGUGGAUUUAAAACACCGUUAAAAACAUACCCGUGACUUCCCGGUUCUGCAUGGCUAGCAGGCGUAUAUACUCACAUCUCUCUUUUAUUCUCAGGACGGAAACGCUGCUAACUUGUGGCAGUCAAGAACAAAAUGG